AUGCAGUCGGUCGAAGGUACAUCAUUAUUCAGCCAAGGUCCAGCCGGGGCUACCUGGCGGUACGGGCGCCGCGCCAGCCGAGCUCGAGCUCGGGAGAGCCAGGCGACCCCACCUGUUGAUCGUCGACGACUCGAGGCAGGCGCGCGCCAGCGAAGGAGCUUUCCCUGGCGUUUACCCAAAAGUGCCCUGAGACCUUCGCCGUUAUCCAGUGCAAGGUUGCGAGGGAGGUUGCCUCUGACCCACUUCCGGGUCAAGAUCAACCGCUGA